AUGCCUGAGAACAAGACCAUGGAGAUGGCACAAGGCCAAGCUUCUCUUUCUACAGCCUCAGCUUCGUCUUCUACAACCACUGCUGGUGGCCAAGCUAUGCAUACUACAGCUUCCUCUUCUACAAGCAUGGCAGAUGGCCAGGCUGUGCCUGUCACACCUUCCUCUUCCAGCUGCAGGGAUGCCAACCCUUCUGGUCAAUAUGGUGCAGCAGACUUGGAGGGCACACCAGAAGGCCAAGCCAUUGCUACAGUGAAAGUGCGAGUGCUCAGGCCUGCAGCUUCUGUGAAGGCCUUGCCCAACAAGAGGCCUACUCAGACAUCCGCUCCUGCACAUGCAGAAGGUGCUGAAAGUGAAGUUUUGGUUGAAGACCCUCCUGUCACCCCAAGUGAGUCUGCAACAGCUGCUGAAGCUCCAGGCGCUGAGUCUGCAACAGCUGAAGCUCCAGAUGCUGUUGUGCCAGCAGCUGAGGCUGGGUCUGAAGAGAAGAAAGGGGAUGAAGAUAAGAUGGACAAGGAGAAGGGGGAGGAGCAAGAGACAGAGAAGCCUGAGACUCAGAUGGCAGGUGCCAACAAAGAGCCUCCACAGCCUGCCUUGGUCAAAGCCAAGGCCAAGAGCAAGCCCAAGGAUGAAAAUGAAAGUAUAGAGCUCUCACCAGAAGUUUUGCUCAAUUUGCAAAAUGCAGAAGAGGAGGAUGUUGAGAAGUUUUGGCUGAAGCUGUCUACAAGGCAGCAGCAACUGCUUUGGAAGAAAUUCCAAAAGCAAAGGCAGGAAGAAGGAACAGAAGCUGCCUACAAACAGGCAACUUGUGGUGCAGGUAUGAAAGCAAAAGCCAAGGGAUUGGUCAAGCUGUGGCUGAAGCAUGGGUCCACCAAGCACCCAGCUUUUGAGACCCAUCUGGUUGAGCUGAGGAGCACUGAGAGCCAUGUGGCCAAAGAGAAAUGGGUUCCAUUGGAAACCAUCAAGCAGAAGUAUGGCAUCAUGGAGCUCAAAGCAAGGUGCCUGGGAGGUUCAAUCAAAAUCAGGAAGUCAGCCAGCGACCCAAGAUUUCCUGAGUUCCAAGACUUGACUGAGACCAAGGUUCAAGGGCAAGUGGAUUUGGAGUUCCUGAGUGAAGGUUCUGACGAAGAGGCUGCUGCUUCAGGGGAUGAAGUGGAAGCUCAAGCUUUGGCUUUGAACAUGCUGGAGCCCUGGAAGGAGAAGGAACUGGAAAGCAACAACAAGAAGGCACAGGAUGCCUUGGCCAGCUUUGAGACAGCAUCAGCCCUUGCUGAUGAGGUUGAGCCACCUGCAGGAUCAAUCCUGAAGUGCCAGAAGAAAAUCAAGAAGCACUUGCAGCAGCUGGCUGCUAAGUCGCAGAGGGAGCUGAAGGUAGAGAUCAAAGAGAGAAUCAAGGCCUUGGACGAAAUCAAAGAGGAUACACCUGUGGGGGUUGCAAAGAAAGCCUUAAAUGCUGCAGCUGCCACUGGCAAGAGAGCCAUGAAGGCAAAGGAGGGAGGCACCAAAGAAAAGCAGCAGCUGAUGCAAAAGCACAGAAAGAAAAAAAGGUUAGAGGCACUUCAGAAUUUGAAGGCUCCUGACCCUUACUAUGUGUCAGCUUGGGUGAUUCAGAACCCAGGCACAAGACCAGUAUUGGUGAAAGAAGAUAUAGCAAUUUUCUUGCCACAUGAAUGGGGCCAUGCUUUGUCUCAGCAUGGGUUGCUGGAUUGCACAGUGGGCGAAAUGGCGGACAUCAAGGAAUUCUGGAAGCAAGUUUCAAAUGAGGACCCCAAACUCUACAAAAACCCUGUUUUGAAAGAGAACAGAGAGAACUACAUGCCAUUUGUCUUGCAUGCAGACAAAGGGCCCCAUGCCAAGCAGGAUUCUUUACACACUAUCAGCAUGUACAGCCUGAUUGCCCAAGCAAGGAGGCUUGGGGUGGACGAAAGCAGCUUCAUGCUGUGUGCUAUUCCCAACAGUUGCUUAGUGACUACAAAGAAAUGCAAGGAUCUAUCCUUGGCCAAUGUGGAACCCACCAUGGAUACAAUUGGCAAAGUCUUAGCAUGGAGCUUCAAAGCUUGGUUUGCUGGCCUGCACCCUUUCACUGAUGAUUUUGGACAUCCUUUGCUACAGGUGAGCACGGCCAAGACCAACUGCGAACGGGUGCGUAUGGCUGCGGCGUUUGGGGUUCUCGAAAUUCCCAGCACCGCAUUGCAAUCCAUGGCAAAAGUGAAGAAGAAACUGAAGGCAGUUGGAGCUAAGAAGGCUUGGGAAUUCAGUUGCGCUGAAGGCCUUGAGAACUUGGAAGUGCGAGCGUUGCACGAAGGACUGGAAAGCCCUCAGGCUGCCUUCCUGACGAAAGACGUGGAGAAAAAUGAGGUGAUUCUGCGGCUUCCAGCGGAGUGCCUUUUGGAUGCGGAGAAAGCGCUGAACGACGAGGUUCUCUGCAAGGCACGCGAACAACUGCAGCGUUGGAAGUCGGAAGCUUCCAUGGCUUUUUUCGUGUGCCUACGGCUUCUGCGUGCCACCCACCGUUCGGAUCCGUGGUGUUCUCUGGCGACUCUUUGCACUUCGAGCACAACCGGAGCAGGGCGGUGGUCAGAGGCGUUCCAGAGCAUGAUGGCGAAAACCAGCUUGAAGGAGCACCUCGAUGCCUCCCAGAGAGAAUUGAAGACCUGGCACAGCGCGCUGCAACGCUUGGUGAAAGAAGGCUUCGAUUGCAACUUCACCCUCGAGUCUUUGGGCUUGGCUCGUGACUUUUGGUAUGCCAACAGCUGGUCUGGGAAAGUCCUUCCCUGGUACAGCUGGCUGGUUCAGCCAGCUUCGACCAAUGUCUCCCUGAAUGAUGCAUACGAACUCGUGGCUCUGACCCCGAUCAAGGCGGGAACCCAGCUUUCUCUGGAUGCCAGCCUUGACAACACCCAGCUGCUGUUAAGACAUGGUGUGGUGUUGAGCGAGAAUUUGAAGGAUGAGAUCCAGCUGAAGUUGCUGACGCCCGAAAGAACGAUCUCUUUGUCUCGCGUGGGCAUCCCCGCUCAGGUGGUGGAUCAGAUUGAGGAGGAGCAAAAUACGCAACUGUUUGUCUCAAUCCUGAAGAGCACGCUGGAGCAGAGGAGAUCUGUCAAGGAAAGUCUCAAGAUCUUGCCCCAAACCUUGAACUUCACGGUGUGCAAAGGUGCACUUCAAAGGCGGAGGAAGCAGUUCCUAGAAACCUUUCUGGAAGGUCAACUGGCAAUUCUACAGGCCACACUUGAGCAGAUGCAGGACGCUGAGCAGGCAGAGGAUGCUGAUGAAGUUCAGGGAGAGGAAGCGACGGGCGAAGAGGCAGAAGAAAGUCCUGACGAAGAGGUCUGUCAUCCUCGUAAACGCCGCCGGAGACGGCGGUAAAA